GCCGACGCAGCAGCCGGAGGAGGAGCCGCGGGUGCUGAGUCUCCUUUGAACACAGAAGCCAAAUUUACCAAUUUAAAAUAUUGUCAGCUCCAGUAAGGACAGGGACUUUAUUUUAUUCACACUUAUAUACCUGGUGCUUAGCAAGUGCCUCUUACAUAGAGACAGGACUGGAAGGCCUUGAGUUGAUAAUAACAACAGAUUCCUGUCAGUCACAGAAAACAAAAAAUGGAUCAUUUAAACCGUUGGAGGACUCAGAUAUCACAAUACUUCUAUACUACCAACUAAGAUUUAUAACUAUAAAUUUCUGCAUCAUACAACUGCUGAAGAACUUAAAAGGCUAUUCUUUGGUUAAGAAAAAAAUAACCCUAUGGUAUCAUAUUACCAAAUAAAGCUAAAAAGCUCAAUUAUUAAGUUAUUAGAUUUGCUGAUACAAGCACACAUGUGCAACUACUGUAUCUUGACAGUUACCAGACCUCAAAUUUAAAUUGUUUCCCCUUGCGGGAAAGGUCAUUAUAUUUGUAAAUAACCACUGUAUGUUGUCAUUAAAUACAUUUUCCGCUGAGUGUCAUUUAGCAGAAUUUACUUGAAACAAGUUUUAGAAAUUUCCAAGUCCUACCACUAAGUAGAUUUGAUAUUAUGGCAGCAACUUAUAGACUUGUGGUUAGUACUGUGAAUCACUACAGCAGCGUGGUAAUAGAUCGGCGUUUUGAGCAAGCUAUACAUUAUUGCACUGGAACCUGCCACACCAUCACACAUGGACUUGACUGCAUUGUAGUACAUCAUAGUGUUUGUGCAGACCUCUUGCACAUCCCUGUGUCUCAGUUCAAAGAUGCAGAUCUGGACUCUAUUUUUCUACCCCAUGAAAAUGGAUUUUCCUUGGCAGAAGGUGACUAUCCUCAUCAGGCCCUCAUAGGCAUACCCAGGGUCAAGAAAGGAUCUACAUUUCAGAACACUUGUAACUUAAAGGACAUUGCAGGAGAAGCAAUCAGUUUUGCCAGUGGGAAAAUAAAAGAAUUUUCCCUUGAAAAACUCAAAAAUUCUAACCAUGCAGCUUAUAAAAAGGGAAGAAAAGUUAAGUCUGACUCAUUUAAUAGGAGGUCAGUUGAUUUUGACUUGCUCUGUGGCCAUUACAACAAUGAUGGGAACUCCCCAACCUUUGGUUUACUCCGGAGUUCUUCAGUUGAGGAAAAGUCUUUGGCCCAUAGAAACUCACUUGAUACCAACCUGACUUCAAUGUUUCUUCAAAAUUUCUCUGAAGACCUGGUUACUCAGAUUUUGGAAAAACAUAAAAUAGAUCAAUUUUCUUCUGGAACAGACAUAAAGAUGUGCUUGGACAUCUUACUGAAAUGCUCUGAGGACUUGAAAAAAUGCACAGACAUCAUAAAACAAUGCAUCAAGAAAAAGUCAGGGACCAAUAUCAAUGAAGGAAGUGGUAACGAUGCAAUAUCUAGCUCUGAAACUGUUUAUAUGACAGUGAUGACCAGGUUAGCAUCAUAUCUGAAAAAGUUACCAUUUGAAUUCAUGCAGUCUGGGAAUAAUGAUGCUAUUGACUUAACAGAACUUGUCAGUAAUAUGCCUAGUUUACAGCUGACUCCUUUCUCCCCAAUAUUUGGCACUGAACAACCCCCUAAGUAUGAAGAUGUGGUUCAGCUCUCAGCCUCUGACUCUGACUCUGCACAGUUUCAAACUACAGAAAAACAAGAUGACAAGCACAACUCUAGGAAAACAGAUACUGUAAAAUCCAUUCCAGACAACUCUACAAACUCCUUACCUAACUUAGCAAUAGAUGAUACGAAAGCUCUAAAAAAUAUUCCACUUCAAUCACAGUCAUUAACCAUGAAGACUUUAGAAAAUGUUUCAUCUGGUGACUUAGUGGAAACCCUUUAUAUUGAAGAAGAAUUAGAUGGAGAGAAAGUAUCAGGUAAAGGACAAAGGACAGAGAAUGGACCUAAUCAGGAGUUGUUAAAAGUAAAUGAAGAGAGAGCAGAAUUUUCAGACUGUAGUACUCACCUUAAAAAAUGUCCUAUUUCAAUGCAAAAUGAAAUUGGUAAGAUAUUUGAGAAGCCAGUUGUUAAUCUACCUGAGGAAGUCCUUAAAUCAAAAGUUCCUAAAGUUGAAGAGGGAGACCACAGAGAUUUUAUGAAUCCUAAUAGUCAGAAAGAGAUAGAUAAAUUGUUGAUGGAUUUGGAAUCUUUUUCACAGAAAAUGGAGACCUCUCUAAGAGAACCACUUACCAAGAGUAAAAUCUCUAACUCUCUAAAUAGUAACAGUCCAUUGACUAGUCAGAUGCCUGUAGAUGUUGAGCAUAAUUCUAAAGUCUCGUCACCUGUGGAAAAAGUCUCACCUUCCUGUCUAACAAGGAUUAUUGAAACUAAUGGACACAAAAUAGAGGAAGAAGAUCGAGCACUCUUACUAAGAAUUCUUGAAAGUAUUGAAGACUUUGCUCAAGAACUAGUUGAAUGCAAAUCGGGCAGAGGGAGCCUAUCACAAGAAAAGGAAAUGAUGCAAAUUCUACAGGAAACUUUGACAGCUUCCUCCCAGACCAAUUUAUCAGUCUGUAGAAGUCCUGUUGGUGAUAAACCUAAAGAUACAACUUCAGUGGUUUUGAUUCAGCAGACCCCAGAGGUAAUCAAGAUUCAAAAUAAACCAGGAAAAAAACCUGGAACACCACUUCCACCUCCAGCCACUGUUCCAAGUAGCACCCAGCCUGUCUCCCCUAUUCCUCAUGUGAAUAAUGCCAGUACACCAUUGUCGAAAAACAUUCCACAGUUCUACUUUCCUGAAGGACUCCCAGAUACCUGCAGUAACCAUGAACAGACACUUAGCAGAAUUGAAACUGCUUUCAUGGAUAUUGAAGAUCAAAAGGCAGACAUUUAUGAAAUGGGAAAAAUUGCAAAGGUCUGUGGCUGUCCUCUCUAUUGGAAAGCCCCCAUGUUUAGGGCUGCAGGGGGAGAGAGCACAGGAUUUGUGUCAGCACAGUCUUUCAUUGCCAUGUGGAGAAAGUUGCUGAAUAGCCAUCAUGAUGAUGCCUCUAAAUUUAUCUGUCUUCUAGCAAAGCCCAGCUGCAGCUUUCUAGAACAAGAGGAUUUUAUCCCUUUACUUCAGGAUGUGGUGGAUACACACCCUGGCCUCACGUUCCUGAAAGAUGCUCCAGAAUUUCAUUCCCGCUACAUUACCACAGUUAUUCAGAGAAUAUUCUAUACAGUCAACAGAUCCUGGAGCGGAAAAAUUACUUCGACAGAGAUAAGAAAAAGCAACUUUUUGCAAACUCUGGCCCUUUUGGAAGAAGAGGAAGAUAUAAACCAAAUCACAGAUUACUUCUCCUAUGAACAUUUCUAUGUUAUUUAUUGUAAAUUCUGGGAACUAGAUUGUGAUCAUGACCUCUACAUCAGCCAGGCUGAUCUAUCUCAUUACAAUGACCAAGCUUCUUCAAACAGGAUUAUUGAAAGGAUAUUCUCUGGGGCAGUAACAAGGGGAAAAACAGUACAGAAAGAGGGAAGAAUGAGCUAUGCAGAUUUUGUUUGGUUUUUGAUCUCUGAGGAAGACAAAAGGAAUCCCACCAGCAUUGAGUAUUGGUUCCGUUGCAUGGAUGUGGAUGGGGAUGGUGUACUCUCCAUGUACGAGCUGGAAUACUUCUACGAGGAGCAAUGUGAACGGAUGGAAGCUAUGGGCAUUGAGCCACUGCCAUUCCAUGAUUUGCUAUGCCAGAUGCUUGACCUAGUGAAGCCAGCAAGUGAUGGCAAAAUAACGCUACGAGAUCUGAAGAGAUGCAGAAUGGCUCACAUCUUUUAUGACACUUUCUUUAAUCUGGAGAAAUACUUAGAUCAUGAACAGAGAGAUCCCUUUGCAGUCCAGAAGGAUGUUGAGAAUGACGGGCCUGAGCCCUCCGACUGGGACAGGUUUGCUGCUGAAGAGUAUGAGACUCUUGUGGCCGAGGAGUCAGCCCAAGCACAGUUCCAGGAAGGCUCCUUUGAAGAUUAUGAAACAGAGGAAUCUUCACCUCUCUCUGAAUUUGGAAACAAAGGCAAUAAAAUAGUAACCUCAAGUCUUUCAGAGAAAUGUGGAAAGCUACAGUCAGUGGAUGAAGAGUAGCUGCCACCGUCUACAUAAAAGGGAGACAUGUCGUUUCAAUGUUUUUCUUGUGAAGAGAUGCUCUAGUUUGCUUUUCAAAGGCUUUGAUUUUGCCAAGUGUGUAUCUGCACUAGUAACUUUAAAAUGUUUUUAAAUGGGCUCGGAUACCCUCACAGUUUGGGAAACUCCUCCAAUUCGCCUGAGACCUUUUACAGAGCUUUUCCUCUGAAGCAAAUAUGACAUACAUUACCUACCAAAGGCUGCAAAAGUAUCCGCACUCUUCGCUCCUGAAUGUACCAAGGAUCUCACGGACAGCACCAAGCACACUUCUCUGCACAAAAGCAGGAGUUGCCUCUGUUGUCCAGCAUCCCUGAGGCCCCUCAAGGCUCCUAUGGAGCCUGGAAGAAAUAUUCACUUGCAGAAAAUUUGAUUAAAAAAUUCUGGAACUUGAAAAAUUAAGGGCCUCCAGAACUGACAGCCCUGGUAAUAAAAGCACUGCCAAAACAUCUCAGAGACUUAAUUAUAUGUGUACUGGAGUUCAAAGAUCUUGAACUUACUUGGUUUAAUGUAAUUUCACAAUGACCUGCCGAACUGCUAGUCACUUUACAUCCUCAGGUAUUAUAACCACUGGGCCUUCCAAUCUUGCUGGCAAGCUCUGAAUAAUCCCUCCUCCCCAUCCUGACUGUGGAUCUCAUAUAAAACCUGGAGAAAGAACUUUUUUAAAAUGAAGACAAGUACAGAGUUUUACUUGUACUUGGGGAGGAAUGUCCUUUUAACUCAUUUAACAUCUGUAGAGAACCAUUGCAUGAUUUAUUAAUCUCCAAAUUAGUUGAUGUCCCAUCCACAAUUCCUAUCAGAAGAGGCCUACUUGAAGACUGACUUACAUGAUACAUGAAAAUUCCUACUACAUACUAAACAUAUUCCUUCAUGUUGAAAAGAAACUAUUAAUACUCCAUCCACCUCAACAUUUCUCACAAAAAUGAAAGAUAAUUGCCACCCAUAAAAGCAAGCUGUUUUGUGUUUACUAUAGUGGUUGGCUUGUUCGUUGCAGAAUUCUGUAUUUUUUAGCAAGACACAAGGCAGCCAAUUCCUGCAAUUUCCUUGAAGAUCAAAUUGGAUAUGCACUAACCAAAAAAAAUGAAAAUUUCUGGUAGUGUAAGAAUUUCCUCUCCCCUCCUUCCCCCCAGAAAUAUUUUAACAUGUAUCUCUGUCAAAGUCAACUUUUCCCUGGAUUUUUUUUUUUUAAACCACAAAUCCUGAAUGUCAGAAUAGCUUCCCAUCCAACCCCACCUUGGUUCCCUUGCUGACGUGAAGGCCAUACACUGAAAUAAUCAAGGAGAAUUUAGGAAAUGCACCAUCAAUUGGUAGAGUAACAGAAUUAGCAAACUUUUGUCAAUAGCUUCAGUUUCCUGUUAUUUUACCUUCAUGAUAGGAACUGAUCCUCCAUUUAACUGUUUACAGAAAGUGAUUACCAUAAAACUUAGUAUCUAAUGUUCACAAAGAACUAAAAGUUUAACAAUGACAAUGCUUAGGAAACAUUACGUGCAAUAACCUAAACACACUGGUAAAUUAUCAGGAUUAAAAGUAUUUACGUGAUAUAUGAAAUCUUCUAUCUGUACCAUACAGCCUUUACCAGGGAGAUUAGCAAUUAUUUUCUUAAUUGCAGAUAAAAAUGCUAACAAGAUAGUAAUUUUUUUAAGACAGAUAUGAUUUAAAGGUUUGAUCAUAAUGCUCUAAGACUCAGCAAAAAGUACAGAUAAAAUUCAAUUUUCCAACAUACCUUUUAAAAAAAAAUUGGUUUUACCUUGUUUUCAAAGUCAUCUUUCACUUUCUCAAUAUUUGGGUUCAAAAAUCUUAUAAAAGUAUAGCUACUAAUUAGUCAAUCCAUUUAAGGUAAGGCUAUUCUAAUCUAGGUGACCCCAAAGUUAUCAUAUUUUCAGACAUAAGAAUGUGUUUCACUGUAGAGAUGAAUGCAAGAAAUGUGAAUUCUAAGGAACUAGGAUAGUAUAUAUUCAACUUUCUGGUAAGAUCAUGCUGAAUAUAAUUAUUCUGCCCAACUGGAAAUUCAUGUUAUUAGGGUAUCCCAGGCUCCUUGAUUAAAGGGUUAUCGUGCAUGACCUUAAUGCAAUUCAAUGGAAAAUGAGUUUCAUAGCAUAACUGCCAAGUUAAACUAAUAAAAUUCUGUGUAUUUUCUCUGCAUCUUAUCUAUGUCACUGUGUACUGUUCAAAGUGUUGAUGAAACUCUAAAUUGAAAUGAGGUAAGUCAUUUGCUCAACUUUUGCAAAUGUUAGUGUGUUUGGGUGGCAAAAACCUGCAUGAUUUAAUUUUGUUUUUCCUUUUUUUGCAAAACUAAAUAAAGACAAGUUGUCAAAUAUCAAUUAUGUUCAAAGAUGAUCACUACAUGAUUUUGCUUUUAACUACACUCCAUUUUUAUGUUUAAGAGUAACACUGUAAGCAAGCUUGAGUUUCAAAAAGGUAACUCUCUUGACUCCCUGGGAAAACUAUAAAGAGAGAUAUAAUACCUAAAACUGAUAAAUGAUUUCUUCUGGAAAUGAGAAGGACCAGAUUUGUGAGUGAGGGGUCUGCAGAAAUCA